AUCGUGUGGGAAGUUGUCAGGGGGCGGGUGACGGGUGUGGCUACGUCGGUGUUGGCUGUGACCUACUUAAUUCGAAAUUCAGAGGCGUGCUGCAAAGGCUUUUGCACCAAGGCCGACUACGAGGAGGUUGAUGCCUUUUUCAAGGAGCAUCCAGUUCAGUGUGUGCGAACAGUUGAACAGGCUCUGGAGUCGAUAUCUGUGAACACGAGGUUUAUGGAUUGGGACGGCGAUAUUGUGUCUCAGUUUCUUGUUCAAUUUGCUCAUAACCUGCCUAGUUGCGGUUGCUAUACACAAGUGCCUUCUACUACUGAGUUGGCGCUUCCUUUGGCAACCCCCAUGGACACUACUCCUUCAGGAGAGACAGAACCAUCCUCCUCCAUCUCCAUCCCCAGUCCUUCCUCCUCCUCCGCUACCUCAACCUCCAUCUCUACGACUACUCACGGUGGACGCAGAAGGCAGGCAAACGUGGUGGAGCGGAAGUUUAACCUCGACUUCCUUACUAGUCCACGUCGCAAGCUCUACCACGAUUGGUUGCCCAAGGUCAGCGUGAUUUCGAAGAGAGCUGUCGCUGCUCUCUCAAACGUUUGUCCUCGACUUCCUGAGGCAUCCACAUCUGUUGUACAGGAACAACUUUCACCUUCUGUCCCAAAUCAUCCCACUCCGCCAAAUCUGAAAUUGACGCCUGCGGAAUUAACUCUCUCCAACAGUCCUCCGAGUCCCGAAGCCAUGUCUGAUUCGCCCACUGAAUUGCCCUCCACCGAAACCGAUGACUCUCCCUCCACUUUCCACAACCUCUAUCAACGCACCUCAAUGCUGGCAUCACCGUUCCCCUCCAAGCUUCAAAUUCGCUCCAUGGACGAUGACGAGGACUUGGCUGUCAUCGAUCAGGUGAAUCGACGUUUGGCAUUGGGCCAACUGGAGCCCUCACUGCCUUGGAUGCCGGUUCCACCGGGAGCUGGAUUGAUGGGCUAUCCACCACCAACGACAGAGCAGUACUCAGAAUCCUUUGCCGAAGCCGUCUUCCACCAUCAACAGCAGGAGAUGAUGUCCUCAAUGAUGAUGUCGGCAGCAACUUCACUGCAAGGUGGACAGUGCUUCUUUCCCAUGGAAACCGCCCUUCCAAUGUCAGGUGGUGGUGAGGCAGUGCAGUUUGGUCUGGCUUCGCGAAUUUUUUACCGAUCUGAGGGCAACGCUCAACUCUCGCCUCCUGUUGAAGAUCCUCAGAGUGAGGUGAGCCACUAG